CCGAAAAUUUUGGUGAGAUAAAAUUAUACAUUUUAAUAAAUAUGUUUUCUGAUUUUCUUUAUACUUGGCAUCAUUGCUCGCGUACCCUGCAAAAGUUUUUUCUUUUCACAAUGUGCAGGUGGCAACAUCAAAAUCAGCCAAUCAGAAACUGGUCCAUUUUGGAACAAAAGCAGCCCCCCCAGAUGUCAGGUCUUGUCUUAGGGCGAAACGAGAAAAAAUUGGAAACCUGUCAACGCUGCUUGGCAUCCUUGCCGUGUAUUGCACUUCAGUGGUUUGUUCGAAUUUCGAAGUGAAGUAAAAACACGCUUUAUUGUAUGUGGCGGUGGGAGCGGCUUAAUUUGUUAUAGAAUAUUUAAUUGAAAAAUUCGUGUUAUAUUAUUUUUCUGCUCGUAUUGAUUACUCACAAGUGAGCAUUUAUGGAUAAAGCGGAAUUACCAAUUGCUGAGGAGAUCUCAUCGGAAAAAGAGGUGAACCGGCCCGAAGUUGAAAAGCAAGAGGAAUCUCGAGUUCAACACCAGAAUGGGAAAACAUCGGAUCGUGAGGAUGACACCAUCCAUAUCUACGCAACGUUGGCAUUUAUCGUGGUCAUCAUAGUUAUCGGUGUUCCGAUGUGGUGGAAAACCACUGAAGUGUACCGAGUUCAAUUACCGUAUGCAGAGAUCGAAGCCCUAGAUGAAAAUCCCAUCCAAGCAACGAUUCGGUUGGGGCUUUUCGUGAAAUCUAGAGAACGCAGAGAUAUUCUACUGUUUGAACUGGAUAAGAAAUUCGAACAUAAUUUCGUGUUCAAUCUUCAGUUGGAAGAUAUUUCUCUAGAUCCAUCGAUUGUGAGUGCAGCUAAAACACCCGCAGCGUUGGAGGCAGCAAUUUUAAAACGGUACUCUAUGGGAGUUGGAGAUUUUGUAAUAAUAGAAUGGGGUAAAUUGGAAGAUGAUGUUUUGGUGACCUCUGAACGGACGGCGUUCAUUUCAGAAAGUGCUACUUCUACAAAAAUCUAUCAAGUCCUAACGUCAUGGAUCUUACAGGAGUAUAAAUUGAAAGCUAUUCUUGGAUCAAAAACUAUGCAAACUAGCAAGCUUCGGCAAAUGCGACUAAACACAGCUCCGAUGCAACCGCACUAUGAUAUACUGAUUUCGGUAUUCAAUCCUCGACCUGACAAGCAAAACAUUCACUGGAAUGUGCGGGCAGCAGCCGAGAAUUAUAUUGUUCCAUUCCUAGCAACAAUGAAGACGAUUGCUAAUUUUACUGUCAAGACCCAAUGGGUAUACGAGGUGGAAAUUCAACAAUUUCUACAAAAGCAAAUGCAGGAUGAUACGAAACUAGGCAGACAUUAUGUUGUUACCGAACACUCGUUACCACAAAUUAUCACGUGGUUCGAGAAGAAACUCGGUAAUCAAAUUACUGAUAGUCCCGGCAUUCACUUAGUAGUCUAUGUUCCACAAUGCGACGUGGCUCCGAUUCGGAUAUAUCGAAACGAUGGAGUACGAGCCACAAACGGUAACGUUGAGGCAUUCACAUCGGCCAAGUGGGGUGGAAUCUUAUUUGCGAAUCCUGCGGAAGAUGCCAUUAAGAAAUGUCUAGACGAUCCAGAUAAUUCCGAAGUGUAUGUCAGCUCGCAGGAUGUGAUGCCAGUUUCACUCUAUCAGUUGAGGAAAAUAUUUGACCUGGAGAACAAUAUUCCCCUUCUAGACUGUAGUUUAGUACCUAUCAAUUCCAUUGAACCACGUUUGUGGGAAGUGGAUACGUUUACUCGAUCGAAUACCAUCUACAGAAUUCAUUCGGCUACGCUAACUCUACAAUCCCUUAUACAGCUCCUCGGUGGUAUCGAGUAUAUCGUGAUUAACGACGAAGUGGGAGAAGCAAUCAAAGAUGCCUACUCGCGUAUACUUUUGGCGAAGCAAUAUUUGUUCGAUAAUAAUUUAGCAGAUGCAGCAAUUCAAGCCAGGUUGGCGUAUGUCUCAGCUGAGCGAGCCUUUUUCGAUCCGAGCAUGUUGGCGCUACUCUACUUCCCCAGUGAACAGAAAUACGCAAUUUACAUUCCGCUUUUCCUUCCUAUCAUGAUUCCGGUAAUAUUUUCAUUUAGCACGAUAAGUAAGUAUUUGAAAAAACGUUUUGCGAAACGAGACAAAAGGAAGACUGAAUGAGCUAGAGGAUAGAGGCUUUGGGAACGUUUUAGUAUUGAAUGUUUUGCUGUGUUUGAACACUCUUAUUUCAACAAUUUUAUUAGCAGAACAGAACUUAAUCUAAAUCCAUAUUGAUGCUAGUAUUUUUCGAAAAUCACCAAAGGUUUUGAAGUUGUCCAUUAUUACUGGCAGAUUGAAUGAUAAAAAAAAUUUGACUACUGGAUUCUGUAGCGCGUUUUCAUUUUCUGCAAGUUUUUAUGAAUGCUUCAAGGUCAACAGUAAAAGCAGUACACUAGUUGGUAAAUUGCUACCAGCGUGUAGCUUAAGCAGCUGGCCUAUUCAUCCCAGGCGGUCUAUAAUUGGUGCUGAUUACACGGCUAUGGAAAAGGAAAAUGGAUUAUUAUGGGUAUAGUAAAAAAAUUUGUUGUUUAGUUAAAAUUUUGGUCUCGCUGUUUGUAAGGGGUGGUAUUAUGCAACCAAUUCGAAGGAUUCUUAGUGUCAGUAAGAUCACUAAUCAUGCAAUAAUUCGGUACGGUAAGAAUCGGCUGUGAAGUGUGUUGGAACAGAACGUCAAAUUUUACGGAAGGAAUGUUAAAACGUGCUCGGCGUUUAGUGAUAAUGUUUGUAUCAUUGUACGAAUAAGGUACCUGUCUGACCUGUGCAUACAAUUCCUUGGUUUUCUUUGCAUUCACGUAAGCUACAACUUAUACCAUGGUAGGUUAUGUAUAAAAGAAACCGAUUUACUUAUGUCGUUUCCGCUUGAUGCCAAACCUUACUCAGUUUCCACCCUAACUGUUAUCAAACCGUUUGUUUGCAACCAGUUUAGAACCUAGUUUCCAAGUCACUGCACUCAAAUUCAAGUCAAUUUCGAACUAGAUUCUUAUAUCGUCGAUCCCGUUCCAAAAUUACCAGAAGAUGUACAUUGAAGGAUGAUUUACCAGUCCCAGGUCGGAUCAUCUAGAGACUCCCUGUACAAUUUCAGCUAAUCCCGAUCAGUAACGGAGUAGCAACCAGGGGUGUUCGCUCAAGCUCAAACUCAAGAUAAAAUACAUAGCCUACGCACAUAAAAACGUAUGUUCAUCCGUGAAUCAAAGAAUAGUUCCGUUGAUCACAGAAUAGUACAAAGUCAAAUGCUGUAUUUCAACAAGGUGGGCCACAUCUCGAGCCGCACUCAGAACAUCUGCCGUUCUGGGCGAAGGAAAUGUGGCCGCCAUCCAAUCCCGAUCUUAAUCCGCUGGAUUACUCAGUAUGGGACGUUGUAAAAGCCAAGGGUUGUUUUCAUGUAACACACAUUUGACAACUAUCUGCGAAAGACGAUCUAAAUAAAAACUACAAGGAUCAGCCCCAGGGGGUUGUUCGAGCCAUUGAUGUGGAACAAGGCAACCAAAAUUUAUAAUGAUCGACAUUUUUAAUUAAUCGUUACACUUUUGAAUCCGCAAAUGCACGAGAGUCUGCUUAAAUUGAUCUUUAUUAGGAACCAACAACGAACACGCGAACCCAGAACAUAGACUCUAUUUGUCGUGAUUUGUAUUUGUUUUGUAGCCGACGAAAUUACAUCAAUAGCCCAAAUGUAUGCAAUUAUAUGUUUGUACAUGCUUGCGAUACGGAUAUCGAUAUUUAAGCUUCUCUUCGCCAAGCUUGUGUUCAAGUUUUGUAUGCAAGCAGUUAUUUUUAUAGCGUUUCUCUACUAUUACUAUCCUUCUGCGAUUUCGGUUGAAGCGAUAAACUUUAUCUCAUCAUCAAUCGAAUUCAUCUUAUAUAAAUUAGAAAUUAAUCUUAUGCACUCAAAAUUUACCCUGGGGUAAUUGUCAAUUUCUCAGGUGAAACGACAUAACAUGGAAUUUCAUCCGAUCUUGCAUGACACAAGAUCAGAGCAUACCAGUUAAAGCUUCAAACCGUUUCAUGGCACUUUUUGUUUUGCUGUCUAGCAACAACCUACCUCUAGCAUACUACGCGUAGGACUGAAACGUUAGCUAUAAUUUUGCUUCUAUUUAUAGAUUCGCGUGCUUCCAACAGCUUCGCUUUUGCAUCGAUUGACCAAUCAGAGCGAUGCUUUCCCUUUGAUAUAUCGCUUACUCCUUCAAAACCGUCGACUAUGGCAGGGAAAUCCGGUGUGCCGUUGAUUUUUUGCAGGCAAAAUAGGACAGUGCUAGCUAUUAAUCAGAUGCUGACAUGAUAUUAAUAAUUGAUACAAAAUUGACUGAGUUGUAAUUGUUCAAAACCUGACCACAUUUCUACGUGUAUUUUUCUUGAGUUUCUAAUUAGCACCCCUAUAUAGAAAACAAAAAUGUGUUCCACAUUAAAAUUUAACGCCCAGAAGUUGACAGCAAACGGCUUCCACCAGUGGCACAUCCAGCGUUCUAGGAACGGGUUCAAUAGUACCAGGUAAGAUGCGUCAGCACGUGAUUGGGUGACAACCAAUCAGUGGCAGUAUGUGUCGAUUGAAGAUCAAGCGCCAUUUCUUCAAUUGCAGCAUUAUCAACGUACAUAAACAAUCUAAUGAAGUUUCCACUAUACGAUUCGAAGUUAUGUUAAUACUUCUAGUAUAGAUAAUAAUUUUGUCAAAAUGUAAGAGCCGUUUUAGGAUCGAACCUUACCAUGCUUUGUUCAACUUAGUGUAUUGGUGUGUAUACGUCGAUUUUUAUUUCCAUUUAUAAAAACUGUAUAGUGAUCAAUCGCAUUAUUUUCAAUCUGAAUUCACUUGUACUUACACUCGAUUUGCUGCCGGAAUAGCCCAACUGAGAAUCGCUCCAGGUGUUCGUUUCGGUGCCACUCGAGGAAACAUGAAGCGUGCAGCCUCUUUAUGCUCCUCGGGCUCUUCUGCUAGUGUAUCGAUAGCAUCUUUGUUGAGCAUCAUAUCUGUGAAAUACAAUGUUAGCAAACAAUAGCCUAAAAUGGAUGGGUAUCAUUGGGAAAGACGGAACGCUGAAUGGGUGGUUGCACCUAAUUUCAUCCUAAUAAGACACGAAUCAAAAUUUCGUUUUAAUAGGUGUCAAUGUCUAUUUCAUCCCUAGGAAAACUUUGAUGUGAAAAUGCACCAUCUGAUCAAAAGAAAUUAUUUACAUCUCCGUGAGCAGUAACGUCUUUCCUAAUGAUUCCUAGGUGUUUAUAUAAUUACUUUUGUAUUUAUUGACAGUCCGUUUUUCGUACAAAUCUCUUGCGUUCACAUCCGGAAAGGUAGAAAUAGGUGUCCUGCAGAAAA